AUGUGGAAUCCAGACAAGGAAGCCUCGGUUUCUUAUCUAUCUAUCUAUCUAUCUAUCUAUCUGAGUUUAAUCUGUUUCUAUCUCGAUCUCUCAAUUAAUCUGUUUCCAUCUACCUACGUUGAAUCUGUUUCUUUCUAUCAAUCUAUCUAUUUACCUAUGUCUAUUCAUUCAUUCAUCUAUCUAUCUAUCUAUCUAUCUAUCUAUCUAUCUAUCUAUCUAUCUAUCUAUCUAUCUGAGUUUAAUCUCUUUCUAUCCCUAUCUCUCAGUUUAAUCCGUUUUUAUCUCUAUCUGAGUGUAAUCUGUUUCUAUAUAACUCAAUCUGUUUUUAUAUAUCUCAGUUUGAUCUUUUUUGUUUUUCUGUUUCUCGCUAUCUAUCUAUCUCUCUACCUCUCUCUCUAUCUAUCUAUCUAUCUAUCUAUCUAUCUAUCUAUCUAUCUAAGUUUAAUAUGUUUCUAUCUAUUUAUGCCCAUUUACUCUUCAUUUAACUACCACGGUUUAAUCUAUUUCUAUCUCCGUUUAACGGGUCUGUCUGUAUCUUUUAGUUUUAUUUGUUUCUAUCUAUCUAUCUAUCUAUCUAUCUAUCUAUCUGUCAUUAUUGUAUUCCUCCAUGUAAUUGUCAAACAUGCCUGGAGGCGCCUUCGAACAUCGUUCCGUGGCUUACUUAGAGGAUAA